AUGAAGGAGAGUAACUCUGGAGAUUGCCUGGGUGAGACCAGGGAAUUAGGUACAGAGGAAGAACCUGAACCUAGAUCUGCUAAGAUGACCAAGUCUGCUGCUGCGAAGCUUCAGAAAAAAGAAGCUGCUGAGCGUAAAAAGGCUGAGAGAUUGGCAUCUAAGAUGGCUGCCGAGGCCGAGAAAAAGAGGAAGAAGGAACUGGACGAGGCCAACAGGAAGAAAAGUUCGCGAAGUUCUUGUGCUAAAGAAAUUAUUAUCAAAUUCGGCAAGGACUUUGCCAAGUCAGAACUCGGGUCGGUGAUAAAGCAACAGUCAGAAGAGCUUGGUUGUGAUAUCAAGGAAGUAGACAGGGCGGAAGAAAGCGAAAAUGGCAUAUAUUAUUCAAUUACAUUCGACAGAAAAGUGACAAACAGAUUUGAUCCUGAGCAAGAUAUGUACGUCCCUAUACCAUUGGAAAUAAAACCCGAGAAUGUGGUGGUUAUAUAUAUGGAAGGCAAGAAAGCGGUAGACAUAUUUCUCAAUACUGACAAGAAAAAGCAACAUCUAGAAACAAUAGAUGCUGCUUACCGCGAAUACCAAGUGCUUUAUAUCAUAGAAGGACUUCAUGCUCAGUUGAAAAAGGCGGAUCUAGAGUUGGACAAGAAAUUUGCCGACCGAGUUCGUCAAUUAGUAGCUGGUCAAGCCACCGCAGUCGAGGCAACUACAAAUAUCAUCUCUGAUCGGCCAAGCAAAAUAGCUUGGGACUCUUUAAUUGAAUUAGAGAUUACGAAAAACUGUAGACUAUGUCAUACAAAGUCGAGAGAAGAAUCGGCAGAAAUGAUACUUGGAUUUGCCAUGGAUAUUGGCAGUCGCCAUUACAAGGCAAGGGAACUGCUUGCUAGUGAGACUCUUGAUAUGAUUGGUACAGUUAGAUCUGGCACAUCUAUUCAGGAUACCCUCUCGAAAUCUCUUGAACAGAUCAAGUACGUAACACCAGUCGUUUCUAAAUCAGUAGCCAGUGUGUACAACAACAUGUUUGGAUUGAUGGAAUCGAUUGACAAACGAGGAACCGAGGCAUUGGAAGGCCUGCGAAAGGAAUCGGGAACACGGUCUACUAAAGUAGUAGGAUCAUCCUUAGCCAAGUCAAUAUGUAAAAUAUUGCAAAGUAAAGACCCUGAUCAGUAUUUGCAGCUGUGA